UGUCCGUGUAUAGCAGCAGCUGAUAUCGCGAUCUCUCUCCGUUUUCGUGCCUAACGAUGGCUGACAACAAAAGAAGUGACGUUGGAGAGCUUCGGACUCUUCUGCGACGUCCUGACGUCCAGAGAGACCCACGGAAGUACUUGCAGGCCGUGCAGAAGGUUAUAGCCUGCAUGACACUUGGCAUUGACGUCUCCAAAUUAUUCAGCGAGAUGAUCAUGGCAGUGGCCACGCCAAACCUGGUGCAGAAGAAGCUGGUCUACUUGUACCUCAGUAACUAUGCCCAGACCAACUCAGAGGUGGCUCUCCUGACGGUCAACACCAUGCAGAAAGACUGUCAGGACCGCAACCCUGUGGUCCGGGGACUGGCCCUUAGGAGUAUGUGUUCUCUCAGACUCCCCAGUUUACUGGAAUAUCUGAGGGAACCUCUGCAAACUGGUCUAGGGGAUAGGAGUGCGUAUGUUAGAAAGACUGCUGUGAUGGGGAUUAUCAAGGUGUUCUACAUUGCUCCACAUUUUAUUACUGAGUUGAACCUGGUGGACAUUCUCUACCAGAUGCUGCGGGACAAAGACCCCCAGGUUGUCUCAAACUGUAUAUCUGUCCUCGAUGAAAUAUUGGCCAGAGAAGGAGGGAUCAUUCUGAACUCAAAAAUUGCACACUACCUCAUGAACAGAUUGAGAGAUUUCAGUGAAUGGGGUCAGUGUCAGGUACUGGAUCUCUUGACACGAUACUCUCCCAACAGUAACGAAGAGGUCUAUGACAUUCUGAAUGUGUUGGAUGAUCGUCUUCGCCAUGCCAACCUGGGCGUGGUCCUGGGAGCGGUGAGACUGUUCCUCCACCUCACUGAGCACAUGCCACAUCUCCACAAAGACGUCCAUGACAGGAUCAAGGUUCCACUGCUGACUUGCCUGGGCUCCCACUCUCCUGAGCUGGUCUACACGUGUCUCCAGCAUGUCCAGUUACUGCUGGCCAAGGAGACCAGCUCCUUCUUCGACAGCUACCAGACCUUCUACUGCAGGUAUAACGACCCACCCUACGUCAAGAUGAAGAAAGUUGAGCUACUUACGGAGCUGUGCAAUGCUGGCAAUGCAGAGAGCAUCGUCAGUGAACUGGGGGAGUAUGCAACCGAUGUGAAUGUGCUGGUAGCGAAGCAGGCCAUCCGGGCCAUAGGUCAGAUCUCUCUCCAGCUAUCCACGAGGGCCAACACCUGUGUCGACAAACUCCUCUCCCUUCUCACCAUGGACAUUGACUACGUCACCUCUGAGACUCUGGUGGCCAUGACAAACAUACUGAGGAAGUUUGACGACAUGAUAGAGGUGAUUCUGCCCCAGCUGCCAACCUCGUUUGACACCAUCACCGAUCCCGAGGGAAAGGCUGCCCUACUAUGGAUCCUCGGAGAAUAUGGAGAGAGUCUGUCCAACACUCCCUACGUAUUGGAGGAGGUGGUUAAUAACAUGGGAGACGAGGCCUCGUCAGAGGUGAAGCUACAGCUGCUGACGGCAGUCAUGAAGAUGUUCAUGAAGAGACCACCUGAGUGUCAGGACAUGCUGGGCAGACUCCUGGAGCAUGCCAUUGACGAGGAAGGGGACAUGGAUGUGCACGACCGAGGCAUGCUCUACUACCGUCUCCUGAAACACAGUGUCCAGGAGGCCAGGAGGGUCGUGUGCGGUCAGCACAGGAUGGUGACUAGCAAGAACACCAUCAUCCCCAGGCUUUCUCUGUUCCCUGAGUUCAACACUCUGUCAGUGAUGUAUGGGAAACCCUCGUUCAACUUCAUCUCCCAGCAAGUGCCCUACAUCAUCACUGCAUCUGACACCUCACGGGGAGCCGAGACCAACUUUGAGUUAAUGCCAGAGACGGGUAGUUCAGGCAGUGGUGGAGGUUUCGGUGAGGGAGGAGUCAGUCCCAUACCCUCACCACUGGUCCCUCACCAGCAGCAGCAAGACUCCCUGGUGACUGAUGAGACUGGCUGUCUGGUAUCAAUACCAGCUGCCCAGCCAUCCAACGUGCCGCCAGUCAUUUUCCUGAAUCCCUCGCCUAGUCUCAGUGCUGGAGACUUCGAGAAAAUGUGGCUCGCCAUGCAGACAAUUCAGGAGGUGAAAGUGAGGCUGAGGGGUAUACCACCACCCAAGGCCCUGGAAAAGGCUCUGGCUGCCAGGUUCAUAAAGACAAUGGCCUCCAGCUCCCAAGACCAGCCGGACCUCCAGUUUUUCUUCUUUGCCAAACACGUGUCGACCAUGCACUGGUUCCUAGUCCAAGUGAUUAUCACAGGGGCCACUCUUGUGAUGUCGGUUGAGCUGAAGUGUGAGAAGAAGGAGCAAGCCCAGUCAUUUAUCAAACACUAUCUGCAGACCCUAGUAAUGCAUCACUGGCUCGCGCCCACAUCAUAGGAAUAAUGAAUGGUAGUAUCAUGAUAAUUCAUUGUUGCGCAGUAACCCCGAGGGACCCAAUAAUGUACACAGACACAGGCUAGGCGAUGCAUAAGAACUUCAGUCGCUGCUGAUACGCAUGCGCGUUUGUGUUGCGCGGGGGAGAGGGGGUCUGAGUCACGGGUUUUUGCUCGCUAAAGAUUGUUCUCAGCUUGUUUCUCUGCCUUGUCGAAAUGUCUCUUACCGGAGCCGCCGUAGUAGUCGUGCUGCUACAGCUGACGGCAAUCUACCAACCAGUGUCAGCUUCAGACGGCAAAUGUCGCCGACUUCUCUUGAAAAACGGUCUCUCUGUGAACUUCAACGAGACGGUGGCUCACACCAUCCACUCUAUGACCGUGGAGGGUCUCCAGAUGUUCAAUCCGAGAGCCAAUGUCCAUAACAACGUCCCGACAGUCAACAUGGACCGCCGCUCCCCGCAGAAAGUGGUCCCGUUCGCUCCGGACGAUCCGCUCGGCCAUGACUUCUCGACGCAGCCGAUGAACGUCGUGGAUAAGAUCCUGCAGAACGUGGGCAAGGACAACGACGGUCUGGGCCGCUACUGGAGUCCGUUGGAGCGAGUGGUGCACAAGUUUCACAUGAUCGACGUCUGGACUCGCGUCCGGUCCGUCUUCCAGUCCCAGGUGGUGCAAAGUCCUCCUUCUGGCGAGGUUUGCAACUGUCUGCUGGACACUGGAGGGAAUGGGAUCUACGACGCAGUAGACUGGGUCUCUGAGCACUAUGACAGCGGGACUCCCAUCACUCUCCUCAACCGACCCAUCCCCAAACUGACAGAUGCUGCAUCAUGGGACAUCUGGAGGACUCGUCUGCUAUACUACUACCAGCCAGCGGCACUGCACGACAGCGCUCUCUACCUCUAUUGUGCCACCAAAGAUUUCUGAAUAGUGCCACCAAGAGGAGUUCUGAACAAACUAAUGUUUUUUGCAUCGGUUACGCGCAUGCGCGCAUAAUAAUCGUAGGGGUCCCGUGCCGACACACGCGAACCGCGGCGGUCUACCUUCGGCUAGCUCGGACUGUGGUUGAGUGUUUCUGUUUCGGCACGAGGCAGUGACUGGUGACGCCCUGGCCCUCUUGGCGUUUGAGGAAGUUAUCGCAAAAUGGAUUAUGCAUGUGAGAGUGACAGUGAUACCCAGGACUCAGAUUAUGACGUGGACUCAGAUGCAGAGUCUGUAUGCAGUACCGCAUCCAGCAGCUCACUGCAGGUCCAGCAGCCCUCCUUCAAAGUGUUUGUGAGCUAUCCACCCUCCGUAAAGAGGGAAGAAUUAAAAGAGCAUCUCAGAUUAUGUGGAUUCUCUGGUAACGUCAAGAGGUUAAACAUGUUUUACGAUAAGGGUAAGAAAUCAAAGGGAUGUGGGUACAUUGAAUUUGCCCCUCCAAAUGUUGGACGCGGCGCAAUCAAUACUCUUAAAAGUAUGCUUUUGCUCGGAAAACAUAAAAUGGAUGCCAAAAAGUAUACUGGAAGAGUAAGGAAAAAAUCACCACAGCAUAAGGCAAGGAGGGCUUCCAAGAAAAGCGAAGCAUGUCCACCAGUAGAGGAGGAUAGCAGUGAAUUGAUCAAGGUGUUUGUUGGAGCGGGUGUCGGUUGCACUCUUCCAGAUAGUAUCACAACUGCCCAUCUUGAGGAGCAUGUGCGGGGGUUUAAGUCCGCUAUACAACGGGUUUUUAUUGCAACAGAUCCACGGACAGAGCAGUCCAAGGGUUAUGGGUUCGUGUUUUUCAAAUCUAGACGAGCUGCAGAGACAGCCAUAAAGAAACUUAGUGGAAGUGUUCUCCAUGGCUGUAGGUUGAGUCUAGAGUUUUCCAAACAUAAGGAGGGAGAAAUUAAGGAUAAUCCUCCCCCAGUAGAGUCCAGUGGCACUAAGGUCUUUGUUGGGGCUCAGGUGGGUGGUAAGCUUCCAAGCACUAUUCAAAGUGUCCAUCUACAGGCGCAUUUCUGGGAAUUUGAAAAAGUACUUCAAAAUGCGGUCAUCAUUACAAAUCCAACAACAAGCCAGUCAAAAGGGUAUGGAUUUGCUAUCUUCAAAACCAAAGGCGCUGCAGAAGCAGCUAUACGAAAGCUUGGUGGAACUGACCUCUACGGAUGCAAACUCAAACUCGAGAUUGCGAAAACAAAAGAAGAACAUACAACCCAUGGAAGUAGCUCUCAGAGCUCAAUGGCAACAGGCUAUUCAUCUAAAGAGCGGGAAGCGGCCACUAGCCAACAAGAAGUCGGUGGUAAUAGAGUCUAUGUUGGGCCUCAAUCUGGUGGUAGGCUUCCUAGCAGUAUCCAAAGUAUCCAUCUAAAGACUCAUUUUUGGAAAUUUGAACACACCCUAGAAGAAGUGUUUAUAGUAACAGAUCCAAGCACUAAGCAGUCAAAAGGGUUUGGGUUUGCAGUUUUCAAAAGUAAGCGUGCAGCAGAGGCAGCAAUAAGGGAGUUCAAUGGAAGCAGUCUCCAUGGCUGCACACUCAAGCUUGAGAUAGGCAAGCAGAAAGCAGAUGGUGAUCAGAGCACUGCAAGCAGAAGUAGCUCCCAGACCUCAGUGGCUGGUACACACGCAGCCGUUUCUCGACAACCUAGAAAGGCAGGGUUUCCCAAAGACCCAGUUCCACCGAAACAAGGCAAGCAGUUUAAGGUGUUUGUUGGUGGUUUGCGGCAUAGCGUUCAGGAUAAACACCUCCAGGAACACUUUUCGGCGUUUUCUUCAGAUAUUGUAAAUGUUUACAUGUAUAUUCCUGGAGGUGAUCAGCCGAGAAAAUGUGGCUUUGUUGUUUUUUCAUCUCACGAAGCAGCUGAAAGGGCCAUAUCAGCCCUUAAUGGCACAAAGUUGAAUGGAGGUGCAAUUAGAGUUCAGCGUGAUAAGCAUGCAUCCAAACCUGCCUCUCAUACACCAAGUGUACCAAGUGCCGUGGGUACCAGUGCUCCUGUCCAACCUCCUCCCCUUAGUCCAUGUCUACCAAGUGUUUUUAAUACUAGUGUACAUUUGCAGCUUAGCCCUGCUAUCCCUAAUGUACCAAGUACAUUUGACACUAGAGUACCUGUGCAAUCCGCUCCUCCUAUUCCGAGUGUAUCAAGUGUCAUUGAUGUACCAAGGCAAUCCGCUCCUCCUACUCCUAAUGUACCAAGUAUCAGUGAUACCUCUGUGUUUGUGCAACCUGCCAGUAUCAUUGAUACAAGUGUACCUGCACAUCCUUUCCCGACUAUUUCUAGCGUACCAAGUAUCUUGGAUAGCAGUGUACCUGUGCAUCCUGCACCUUUGUUACCUGUUGCCCCUCAGUCUUCCAACACAGUCUUGCUUUCAAACCUAAACCCUGAGAUUGAUGAAGACACAAUCAAAGCACUGUGUAAAGGUAUAGUAACUGGCAUCAGGUUUAUUCCAGUAGAUUCCGCUUCUAAGCAAUCUGUUAUCACAUUUUCGUAUGUUGAUGAUGCUAAGACCGCAGUUGGCGAAUUAAAUGGAAAGUGUUUUCUAGGUCAGAAAGUGAUGGCUUCUUUUCAUCUUGGGCAUUCUCCUAGGGUAGAAGUAAAAGUUGGAAACCUCAUCUCCCCUUUAGAAACCCCACCCAGUAUUGAAGAGCUCAUUCAACUAAGAUCUGCCGAAUGGAAUCUGUUGACAUCUGUCAACCCAGCAGGCUCCAGUCUUUACCAAGAGCUGACAGAACCGUUUAAAACCAAUCCAAACGUAAAGAUUGAUCUUCUACCGCCUAAAGUAGCUAUUCAGCUCACUGGUCAGAAGGACGCUGUGGAGAGUGCACACUGCCACUUCAAAUCCCAGCUCCAGAGACACAUCCCCGUUCAAGUGGAUUUCGUACAGACACUCAUGGAGGUUCACCCUGACUUUUCCAAGCACACGACCGAAAGGUAUGGAGUUUGUGUGACAGGCAUUCACGAUAAGAGUACGUUGAUAAAACUCGAUGGCUCGGGAGGUGUAGUAGCUACAGUUCGCGAAGCAAUCAAUGCGCUCAUUGCCGGAUUUCAGCGUUCAGUGGUGCAGACACAGCUGCCCCUAACAGGCCACCUUCUUGCCUCAGCACAGAAGAGGCUGAAUGACGAAAACGUUGCGGUCCGACUUUUAUUUUCUCCUGACGCUCCCCAGAAAGUGGACGUUUACUCAUUUUCGCCCAAUGACCACCUCAAAGCACUCAAGAUUGUCUCUUCAAAGCCUUUCGUCAAGUAUGUCCCAUUUCAGGCUAGCCCCUCCCUGAAACAGAUCCCCCUUCAAGAAGUAGAGGCUGAGUUUUCUGUGUCUGUUGCAAUGGCUGAGGCAGAGGGAAAGAUAUACGUCAAUGGUUUUGUGAAGCAGGGUGUGACAUCUGCUCAGGAACAAGUAGCUUCUUUGGUUUCUAAAUUUUCUGUUCAGUUUUCCUCCUUUGCCUGUGGUUCUGAGCAAAUGCUUUACCUGAAACAGAAAUUGAAGUACCAACGGGAAGUAACGCAAAGGUUUCUUGAAAGCCUGCCAGCAGAAGUCUUGAUAGAACCAAACAGGCCUCUACAUUUCAAAGGAAGUCCGAAAGAUAUUGAAAUUAGCCAAAAGCAGCUUCUUGAGGGGCCACUCUUACAUGGUUUGCAAUUCCAGGCCUUCCCUUUCACAGCACAGGAUAAAUUCUUUCUGCAGCUUGAAAAGCAUGUCCUCAAACCAAUGAAAAGGGAGCACACAGGUUUUGAAUACGUCCGGAGUGGCUCAGAAGUAGAGCCAGACCAAAGGAAGGGGAGGAGAGGAUCUGCAAGGAGCGAAGAGUCAGAAUUCACUGUCACAGUGUUCAGUCAGGAGCCUGAGGUCUUUGACAAGGCAGUGAUUGCCCUGGAAGAUAUCACUCCAUGUGUCAGGACCCUGAAUGUUGCCCACAGCAACGCCAUAGAGUGCGUGCAGCAACACAUAGAAGCUCAUGAGCAACAGUACAGAGUAAGGAUCGUUGUUCCAAAGGACUCCAAUACAAGAGUCCUCGUAUUUGGCCUGACAGAGAGAGAAGCUGGCCAGUGUCUAGCUCAACUUAGAGAGUCCAUUGACACAACUGUCGAAGCCGAGAAGUAUGUGAAGGUUGACCACAAUCAAAUCAAGUAUUUCAAGCAGAAGAAAAGUGAAGAGUGGGAAGAACUGCAGGGAAUGUGCAAGUCUUUCAGAGUGUAUGACAAGCAGAAGCAGGAAAAGGGUACCGCACUUAUUCGCAUUGAAGGUACACUGCGACAAGUCAAAACAUUUUGCCAAAGACUAGAUACAAUGAAAGCACUUGAAUACUUUUCGAGAAUGUUUUCUGUGUCAGUCGAGAGAAGGUACAAUAAUAUGUGGCUGAAGUUUUGGGAUGCCGUGAUAAAAGAGAGAGAAGAAAGCCUUGACCUCAUCAUUGUUGUUGAUUCUCCAAAGAGGCUUGCCUCCAGAUCCAGCAGCAGUGCUGAAAACAAAAUGGAGUAUGAGUUUUCUGUAUGUGGCGGUGAUGAGAAUGGCACAAUUGAAGUCGAAUGGGAAUUUUCUGAUCCACAGAUUGAACAGAAAGCUGUUAGACUGUCAGAAACAGCUGUAAGGGAGCUGGAGAAGGGAAGAAAGGAAAAGAAGCUCGAAGUUGAUCGGUACUUUGUUGAUGUCUGCAUUGAUGUCAAGGAAAGCAAAGUGAUCCUGACAGCACCUACUGGAUGUAAAGAUGACUUGGAGGCAGUAGAAGGAGAAAUUGAGCGCUAUGUUUCAAACCGCACUUUCGGAGAUAGAGAAAUCACUGUCAAUGACCCAGUCCUUGCUCUAAUACUUGGCUCCAAGUCGAAAUCUUCUGCUCAUCUUGCCUUUGCCAACCAGCUCUCAAAGCCACAUGGUGUGAGUGUCCAGUGUCUCAGACAUCCGCAGUGUGGGAUGAGACUAAGGGGAAAUCAAGAUUCCCUUGAUCUGGUGGAACCUCUAAUUCGCCAGAAAGUGAUUCGAGAGAUUCAGUCAACAAUAGAUGAAAUUAAAUUCCCUGUGAUUUCAUCACUCCUCCCUUUCUUUGAAACCCCAGAGUUUGUCCACUUCAGCGCUAAAAUCAGGGAUGAGCUCUGUGUUUUGUGCCACUUCCCAAAGGUGCGAGGGGAGAACCAAGUCAUCAAGACUGCGUUCCUCAAGACGGCCUCUGCAGACAUCCGUAUCAAGCUGGAAAUUUGCAAGGGUGACAUUACAAAUGAAGAGGUGGAUGCAAUAGUCAAUGCUGCAAAUGAAGACCUGAAACAUGUGGGUGGUCUAGCAAAAGCCAUCGUACAAGCUGGUGGAGACUCGAUCCAGAUGGAGUCAGACUUGUACAUUCUACAGCACGGGAAACUCAAGGCAGGAGGUGUGGUCUGUCUUGGGGCAGGGAACCUUGCAUGCAAGAAGGUUCUCCAUGCAGUCGGGCCUCGGUGGGUGGACGGGAGGAGUGGAGAGGAACAAACUAUAUAUUUCACAGUGUUAGUUUGUCUACGUGAGUGCCAAAGAAAGGGACUUGAAAGUGUUUCCUUUCCUGCCAUUUCCACUGGCAUAUUUUCGGUGCCUGACCACAUAUGCAUACAAGCUUCUCUGAAAGCAGUUCGGGAUUUUUGUCAGGUGACAACAAUGUCAGCUAUCACCAACAUCCGCUUUGUUUUAUGUCAUAGUCAUGUUGCGCAAAGGUUUGCUCAAGCCUUAGAAUCUGACGUCAUGAUGGACUGCAUCGUUCGUAUGUCUGAGGUCACUUCCUCUCCUGCUGCACCUGAGAGCCACACCUGGGAAUGGAUGUAUGAUGAUGGUUCCUUCUUGCCUUACCAAAAGGAUGUCAAUACAUUGUUGAAUGACAGUUACGGCCAGGAUCCUAAAGGAGAAGUUUCGUUUCGUGUUGGCAAACACACAUACGCUGUUGAUUUCAGUACAAUGUUGCAAACCAAUUUGCAUACCAAAUGCCAAAGGCAGAUAAGGCAGGUACCUGCCGCUUUUACUCUGUCUUCUCCCACCUCAGUUCAGUGGAAUUUUAUGAAUGACUAUCAGAAGUGGACCCCAUACAGUCCCUCUGACUCACAGGCCAUUGAAACAACGUUCCAAAGCCAGAUCCGUGGUCAGCGUACUAUCAAAGGAAGAACAUACACUUUUGACUUCACCAGUAUGUGCCAGAUCAAUAUUGAUACAUCCUACAAACGUCCCAUCCAACGCUCAGUAGUCAAUCCUGCACUAGAAGCUACUAUGCCUGACCAACCCAAGGAACGGAAGGAGAGGAAAGUGACAGUGACACUCCGUGGUCCAAGGGCCAACCUGACAGUCGCUAAAAGAAGACUCGAUGAGAAGCUGGACGGUGCCCUGGCAAAUGGAGAUAUCACUUUCCCCAGUUCUCUUGAGGGGAAAAUUUUGGGAAUUAUCCAACAGCAAAAGCUUGACUUCAGAAUGGAGUCUGCUGCUGCUGACCAAAAGGGAAAUAAGAAACGUGUUACCUUUAAAGGUCUGUCAUCUUCGGUGACCAAAGCAACAAGUGCUAUACAGGAGGAGAUCAUCAACUACCAUGUCGCUGCUGCUGAGCAGUCAGCAGUGGCAUUACCUCCAGAGUGGGAGCCUCAGACACAGAACCUCCAGCUGUGCCGAGUAGCCCAGGGCUCACCAGAGUGGAAUAGAGUGGUGGAGAAUUUCCUGAAGACCCUGUCCAGUGUGAGGGUCACUGAGGUGACCCGAAUCCAGAACAAGUGGCUGUGGGAGAGAUAUGUCCUGCACAAGCAGCGACUCUCCUUCAAGAAUAAUGGAAGUGUCAAUGAAAUGGAGCUCUUCCACGGCACACGAAAAAAUGACCCGAAGCUUAUCUACGAAGGGGAAGAUGGUUUUGACAUGCGCUUCAGCUCGACUGGGAUGUGGGGACUGGCAAACUAUUUUGCUGUGAAUGCCAGUUACUCCGGUGCCUAUGCCUACUCCAGAAGUGAUGGGACAAAGGAAAUGUUCAUAGUCAAAGUCCUCACAGGAGACAGCUACCAGUCCCCCUCUGACCAACAACUCCGCAUGCCACCGGAGAAGCCAAGAGCUGUGGGUGGGAAACUGCCGUUUUCAAGAGUUCGCUAUGAUACUGUUACUGGAACGACCAGGGGAAGUCAAGUCUUUAUGGCUUAUGACAACGACAAGGCAUACCCAGCCUAUCUUAUUCAGUACUACUGAAUAACUCAACAAGCGUAGUGUAUUUUGUCUGUUACUAUAGUAACCAUACCUGCUAAAACUGUGACUACAUAUUAGAAAACAUUUUAGUGUGAGGCUACUUAUUCUGAUCUCAGCAACCCGUGUCAUUACGUGUAAACGUAUAAUGUCGCUACGUGUAAACGUAUAAUGUGUGGC